CCCAGUUGUUGCUCACAAUUGUUGCUGCACCCAACACACACCCACAACAUGGCGCGAUCAGGCAGGAGUAGUCAGCGCAAGCGCCAGUCGGCCACAGACAAGCAGAUGGCCAAGAAGAACGACGGCGCGCCCAAGAGCAUGGUCAUCCGCAUUGGCGCGCAGGAAGUCGGCGGCGCCGUGAGCCAGCUGGUGCAGGACGUGCGCCAUGUCAUGGAGCCAGACACGGCGGUGCGGUUGAAGGAACGGCGCGCGAACAAGCUCAAGGACUACACCACCAUGUGUGGGCCCCUCGGCGUCUCCCACCUGCUCCUCUUCUCGCGCUCCUCGUCCGGCAACACCAACCUGCGCCUGGCGCGCACGCCGCACGGCCCGACCCUGCACUUCCGCGUCGACAAGUACUCGCUCUGCAAGGACAUUGCCAAGUCGCUGAAGCACCCACGCACCGAGCCGACGGCCUUCCAGACGCCGCCGCUGCUCGUCAUGAACAACUUCCUGACCUCGGACACGGCACGUGCAGCCCUCGGCGACGCGGCGCCGCCCAAGCACCUCGAGAAGCUCGUCACCGACAUGUUCAGCGGCCUGUUCCCGCCCAUCCAACCGCACACGACGCCGCUGCACACGAUAAAACGCGUCCUGCUGCUGCACCGCGAGCCACCGAGCCCCGAGACAGGCACCGUCGCCAUCUCGCUGCGCCACUACGCAAUCACCACCAAAGUCACCGGCCUGCCAAAGGCCCUUCGCCGCCUGCACGCAGCCGAGAAGCUCAUCGGCCGCGCGGGCAGCGAGAAGAAGAGCAAGCUCCCGGACCUGGGCAAGCUCGAAGACGUUGCAGACUACAUGCUCGACCCGUCGGCCGGGGGCUACACAUCCGCGUCCGACACCGACGCCGACACCGACGCCGAAGUCGACAUGGCAGUGGCGGUGAAGCAACGCGUGCUCUCGCGCAAAGCCAAGGAGCGACUCGCCGCCGGCGACGAGUCGGCGCGCCGCACCGCCUCGACCGGCCCGCGCGUCGAGAAGCGCGCGGUCAAGCUCGUCGAGCUGGGUCCGCGCAUGACGCUGCGCCUGACAAAGGUCGACGAGGAUGUGUGCGCCGGCAAGACGCUGUGGCACGAGUUCAUCACCAAGACGGGCGCCGAGCAGCAGGCGCUCGAGAAGAAGUGGGCGGCGCGCAAUGCGCAAAGGGCCGAGCGGAGGAGGGUGCAGAAGGAGAAUGUCGAGCGCAAGAAGGCUGCCAAGGCUGCGAGUGGGGGUGCCGAGGGCGAGGAGGGGGAGGGGGACGAGGAUGAGGUUGAGGGCGAGGAGGAUAGCGAGAUGGAUUACGACGAGUAUGACAUGGACGACGACGUGUGGCACGACGAGGAUGGGGCGGGGGCUGCGGAUGCGGAUUCGGAUGAGGACAUGGAGGAGUGAAAAGUGGUGCGCUCAUGCAUCGCGUUAGAUUAAUGAUACCCGUUGAACACUCUCACCGCUGAACCUACCCCGAAUCUUUCGCCUUGACCCGCCGUACCAUCACCCGCCCACCGUCCUCCAGCUCCCAGCCCACGCCAUCCUCCUUCAGCGCAUCCCACUCCUUCCCCGCCGCAUCCUCCACCCACCUCCUAUCGCACACCAAAUAGCUCUUCCCAAUGACCUUCAACGCCCCCACCCGAACCCCCUGCUCCGCAAACCCACAGAGCGCGCGCUGAUACCCAUCCACGCCCCUCCUCGCCCUCCAAAACGCAACCCAGUUGUCGCUCACCAGCGCAGCCAGCAGCAUCUCUACUCUCCUGUCCUUGAACCCGAACCGCACCU